GACGACGACGAGGACGACGUUGGGCCGAUGCCGGCGCCGCGGGUGGAGGGCGUGACGCCGUCUGGCUACGGAGGCGCGCUGCUGCCGGGCGAGGGGGAGGCGAUCGCCGCUUACGUCGCCGCGGGGAAGCGGAUCCCGCGGCGCGGCGAGGUCGGCCUCUCCGCCGAGGAGAUCGAGAGCUUCGAGUCGAUGGGCUACGUGAUGAGCGGGUCGCGGCACAAGCGGAUGAACGCGGUGCGCGUGCGCAAGGAGAACCAGAUCUACUCGGCCGAGGAGAAGCGCGCGCUGCAGAUGUUCAACUACGAGGAGAAGCAGAAGCGCGAGGCGCAGAUCCUCGCCGACUUCCGCUCGCUCGUCCAAAACAAG